AUGCCGUACAUUGUAAUGAGACAAGAUAGGACAGUAACUGCAGCUGACAGAAUAUGCAGCUGUCAUUUCGAAGAUGGAAAAAAAGAAAAUGGACCAACUAUCUUCCCUUGGAAUCAAGGACAGUAUUUUGACUUUGGAGACCCUAAUGCUAUUUCAAGACAAUGCAAACAGAGCCCAUCUGUAAACCAGGGAGAAGAAAAUGCGGUUAUGGUGGAAGAGACAGAGGCUGCACAACCAAUUCAAUCAUUUAGUGAGGGUUUUGACCAUGACCAGCAUCUACUGCGACACGGGACCGUUACAAGCACCUACUGCGAUAAAGAGUCAAAUUUAUUAAAACAAAUCCAAGAAAUGGAACAACAAAUUGAGAAGUUGACGUCAGAAAUAGCCAUUCUUAAGACUAGGAAACAACCUUUCACCAUAAGCCAGAUCAUCAAUGAUGAAAAGAAGAUGCUGAUGUACACCUCCUUGAAAGCAGACAUGUUUAGAGUAGUGGACUCAACUAUUCAGAGAUUUCCAUUAACAUAUGUCAACAACUGGACACCAGCAGUGAUUUCAAGAACUGACCAGUUAUUAAUGACACUGAUGAAAUUGAAGCUAAACUCUCCCAAUUUAGAUUUAGCUGAGAGGUUCAACACAAGUAAGACAACAGUGCAAAAUAUUGUGGUUACACAUAUUUUUGCUUUGCAUGAAGUGUUCUUUGAGGGCAUGAUUGAAAAUAACAUUCCCUCCCUCUUAAAGUGCAAGUCCGACAAGUUUUGGUGA